UCACGGCACAGAAAUGUCCAAAGAUCACAGGCGUUGAGACAGUACUGGUUAAAUCAAUUUGGUUUUUGGUUUUUAAGUUGGAUGGAUGCACAGUGGUUUCCAUUGGGGCAUCUAAUCCAACUCAUUCUCUUUAGUUUCCCACUUUAGUUUAGCUUUACACAUAAUCCAGACUUAAUUUAAAGCUAAUCUUUUUUGUUUUCUUUUUUAUAGGGUGGCUUUAACUAGCCAUGAUUAUAGCACCCAAAAGCAUUGCAACCCUUCAGGAUUCCUGCAAUUUCUCUUAACAAAAACCAUCUAAAAGGAGGUCACUCCCACCCUACCUUUCACCGAAAAGUGUAAGCACACCUGCAUUUUUUUAAUCUUGACUUUAGAUUAAGCACAUUAUAAACACUCAUUAAGGUAUGUUUUAAAGUCAUCACCACCCCUUGAUCCAGCAUGAUUUCCUGUGACUUUAACCUCAGUGCAGCUUUCUUUACAGACAGAGAAGGUGGGAGAGGGGGGGUCCUUAAAGAAACUAUAUUCCCAGUUUUUGGUUUGUGACUGGAACGACAGAGUUUGUUAGGAGCUGAAGCAGUUAUAUUCUUGAAAGAGGCAAUUAUUUGGGAGUUGUGCGGAGCUAUCAGUGGGAAUUUUAAGGUUAAAUCGCCAGUUUUUAUUUUUGUAGACAUGGGUGUCGUUACUGUUGGUGAUUUGAAGCCAAGCAUGUCAGGGAAGAGGUCGUUUCGUCCAAGUUCCAGUAUAAGGCAUGCUGCUGAAUGAAUGCAUGACUACGACGGAUCAACCGUGACCAUGGCCUCGAAAACCUUAUACGACAUCAGCACGAGGUUGAUCUGAUAAAGGGACCAUAUUCCUUGCUGCAGCCCUCGAGAUUGUGAACUGCAAUUAAUGUUUGCCGGGCAAUAAUUUAUGCGUAUUUACUAUCCAUAGGUCCACAGACAAAGUACGGACAGGUAGUACAUUUGAUCAUCGAGUGUGACAAACCUUCUAGCUUAAUAUACACAGAAGAGAACAAGCAUAGGUAGUUAUCAAUUUAAUCCGGAGGGACCCAUAUGACUGAUAUUCUAUCUCUGCAACUCAGUAAAAUUUCCCAAAUUGGUUUGUAAAACCACAAAGAUUUCUUCAUUUUUCAGUUCAACUAUUUUUACCGUUUGAGAAUCUACUCAUAUUGCCUAGAAUACUGCUUGUCCAGUCCCACUCCUCGUGUAUGUUAUAUUCCCUUAAUUUUCCAAUCUGGGCCAUCCGAAUCAAACCAAAUACUAAUGAUGGAUAUAACAGUACUGUCCUCCUUAGGUUUAAGAUUUUAAGGUAUUUACACUGAGCACAUGGCGAGGCAAGUUUUGACGAAGCCACUGCAAGGCUUCUAAAAUAUUGACAUUAAUGAACAUGCCAAUAUCUGAUGUUUCUAGUGAUCUUACUGUCGAAGUAGGAGCCUCAAGCUUUGCCCUGCAUAAGUUCCCUCUAGUUUCUAAGAGUGGAAGAAUUCGGAAACUGUUGCUCGAAGCAAAAGAUUCAAAAGUUUCACGCAUAAAUCUCCCUGUUGUUCCUGGUGGACCAGAGGCAUUUGAGCUAGCUGCAAAGUUUUGUUAUGGAGUAAAUGUUGAAAUUACACUCUCAAACGUAGCUAUGCUAUGCUGUACAGCUCAUUUCCUGGAAAUGACAGAGGAUUUUGCAGAGAAAAAUAUAGAAAGUCUAGCUGAAGCAUAUCUAAAGGAGAUAGUGCUCCCGAAUAUAUCAAGCUCAAUAUCUGUUCUUCAUCGUUGUGAAAGCCUACUGCCCAUAUCCGAAGAGAUCAACCUGGUUAGCAGACUUAUCAAUGCAAUUGCCAAUAAUGCAUGCAAAGAGCAGCUCACGUCUGGGUUAUUAAAACUAGACCAUAACUUCCCUGUGAAAACGGUCCCAAGCAUAGAAACAGAAACACCUGCAGACUGGUGGGGAAAAUCACUCACAGUGCUUAAUCUUGAUUUCUUCCAAAGGGUUCUGUCUGCUGUAAAAUCCAAGGGUCUAAAACAGGAUCUGAUUUGCAAAAUUUUGAUAAACUAUGCCCAUAAUUCUCUUCAAGGGCUUGUUGCCAAGGAGCCCCACCUGGUCAAAGGAAUCCUCUUGGAUUUGGAACUGCAGAAGAAGCAAAGAGUCAUUGUUGAAACAAUAGUUAGCUUACUACCAACCCAAUCAAGAAAGAGUCCAGUUCCAAUGGCAUUUCUUUCAAGUUUGCUGAAAACAGCAAUUGCAGCAUCAGCAUCUACUUCUUGCAGAUCAGAUCUGGAGAGGCGAAUUGGUCUGCAACUGGACCAGGCAAUUCUUGAAGACAUCUUAAUUCCUGCGAAUUCACAUGGAAACAACCACAGCACACUUUAUGAUACAGAAUCAAUCUUGAGGAUAUUCUCCAUUUUUCUGAACUUGGAUGAAGAUGACGAUGAAGAUAAUCACUUGAGGGAUGAAAGUGAAAUGGUCUAUGAUUUUGAUAGCCCUGGAUCUCCAAAACAAAGUUCAAUUCUGAAGGUAUCAAAGUUAUUGGACAAUUAUCUUGCAGAAGUUGCACUAGACCCCAACUUGAUGACAUCAAAAUUCAUAGCACUAGCAGAAUUACUUCCAGACCAUGCUCGUACGGUUAGCGAUGGAUUGUACAGAGCUGUGGAUAUCUUCCUCAAAGUUCAUCCAAAUAUCAAGGACUCUGAACGCUACCGACUUUGUAAAACAAUCGACAGCCAGAAACUAUCCCAAGAAGCUUGCAGUCAUGCAGCACAAAACGAAAGGCUACCCGUGCAGAUGGCAGUUCAAGUCCUAUACUUUGAACAAAUCAGGCUUCGCAAUGCCAUGAAUGGUGGCCACAACCAAUUCUUCUUUGGUACAAUCAAUGGUCAAUUCCCUCAACGUUCAGGCAGUGGUGCAGGAAGUGGAGCCAUCUCUCCGAGGGAUAACUAUGCAUCAGUGAGAAGAGAGAACCGAGAGCUGAAGCUUGAAGUUGCAAGAAUGAGAAUGAGGCUAACAGACUUGGAGAAAGAUCACGUAUCUAUGAAACAAGAGCUUGUCAAGUCCCAUCCUGCAAAUAAAUUAUUCAAGUCAUUCACCAAAAAACUAAGCAAGCUGAAUUCCCUGUUUCGGAUUAAUGGGAUGAAGCCCGUAGGAGGAGGUAAGGCUAACUCAGAGAGUCGAUUUCCAUUUCAGAAGAGAAGGCGUCACUCAGUUUCAUGACUCUGUAAAUGUGUAAAAUAAUAAAAGCAGGAGUGUAUAGUAGUUAUAUGUAGUGUGAUUGUGCCUAAUGUCAGAUCAAUAGCUUCUGAGUGUUGUUGAUAUUGGGUUACUGUGUUCAGUGAUUUCUCCAUGGGGCUUUGGAGGCAGGAACUCAAAUCAACAUUGUAUGCAAGAGGUAUGCCCGGAUGUGUGAGAAUCUUUCAAAUAUUGAAAUAGAAUUUUGGAAAAAAAAAAGCACCAAAAUUUUCAUGUUUUAGUUGUUUUAUUUUUGAGGGGAAAAAGAGUUGUAGCAGAUGAUACUCAUGAUAUAUUAUUACUCUCCAUUCUACUUA